CACGGACCUAUUAGUGUGUUACACCGUGAGAGUACCAUGUGGAAGGAUUGGCGAGUAGAAGUUUCCCGUUUUACUGUAGAUUUUGCUGCAACAAUGAACAUAACCUAAUUUAACUUACGUGUACUUUCGCAAAAAUUAUUGUGAGUUUUUCAAAGAAUUUUAUCAGCGUUGCGUCGAGUUAAAUCAUGGGGAAAUCAAAGACCAAAACUCAGAAGAAAGCCCGAGAAGAAGCCCACCAGGUGGCAGAGCAUGCGUACAGAUCUGUGCCCCACUCUUUCGUCUUUCACCGGGGUCAGAUUGGGAAAAACGUCGGUCAGCUCGUCAUGGACAUGCGGAGAGUCAUGCAGCCCUUCACCGCAGAGUCGCUGAAGGUUCGAAAAAGGAAUGUCCUUAAAGAUUUUGCAUCAGUAGCAGGACCGCUGGGAGUGUCACACUUUAUCAUCUUUGGUAAAACUCCCAACAGUGUCACCAUGAGAGUUACUCGACUUCCCAAAGGUCCCAUGCUUUAUUUCAAAGUCCUUAAGUAUUCUCUCGUCAAAGACGUGAUUUCGUCUCUGAAGAAGCACAGGAUGCACGAGCAGCAGUUCACACACCAUCCACUACUUAUCCUCAGCAACUUCGGAAUGGAUGGCAUGCACGUCAAACUGAUGGCCACCAUGUUCCAGCACAUGUUUCCUUCAAUAAACGUUCAAAGGGUUAAUCUAAACGACAUCAAGAGGUGUGUGCUGCUUCAUUUCAACUCGGAGUCCCAAGAAAUACAAUUUCGACAUUACAGCCUGAAGGUUGUUCCUGUCGGGAUGAGCCGAGGCGUAAAGAAGCUGAUGCUGGAGAGGUUCCCCAAUAUGAACAAGUUUGAGGACAUCAGUGAGCUGCUCAUGAAGGGAGCAAAUCUUUCAGAAAGUGAAGCUGAACCGGACGGAGAUUACAACAUAACUGAACUUCCACAAAUCUACUCUGGAAGGGGCAACAUGGCGUCACAGCAGAGCGCCGUCCGUUUGACCGAAGUUGGUCCUCGUAUGACUCUGCAGCUGAUAAAGAUUCAGGAGGGGAUGGGCGACGGGAACAUUCUUUACCACUCCUUGAUAACCAAGACGGAGGAAGAAAUACAGGAGAUCCUGAAAAGAAAAGAAGCCCAGGUUAAAAAAAAGGGGGAACGCCAAAAACAACAGGAACAGAAUAUUGCAGAGAAGAAAGCGAAGCGGGACGAGCACAAGAAGAAGAGCCUGGAAGGCAUAAAGAGGAAACUAGCUGAGGCUGAAGAGGACAGCGAGGUGGAAGAUCCAGGGGCGCAGGACGAUAAAGCUGCUGUCGAAUCUGAUGAUGAUGUGGAGUAUUACAGACAGGCUGUGGGGGAAGAACCGGAUGAAGACAUGUUCCCGAGCGCCAAAAAGAGACGACGCUCCGAAAAGUCUCACAAGCCGACCAAGAAGGGGAAGUUGUCUCCCGUUGCGUCCUCCAAAGAAACGUUUUCCAAAUCGCCAAAUAGAAAAGGUGCAGGAGGACAAAGCAGAGACAGAAUGGGAAAAGACAGACAUGGGAAAGGGUGGAAGAAAUCAAAAGAUGAGAAGACGACGUUUGGAAAGAAAAAGUUUCCCCCAAAAUCUAGAGAUGAAAAAACGUUUGGAAAGAAAAAGUUCUCCCCCAAAUCUAGAGAUGAAAAAAUGUUUGGAAAGAAAAAGUUCUCCCCCAAAUCUAGAGAUGAGGAGAAAACAUUUGGAAAGAAAAAGUUCCCCCCAGGAAAAGCAUUUGGCUUUAAGAAAGGUGGGGAGAGGGAAAAUAAAUAUGGUGGGAAAAAGUUUGGCGAUAAGAAAAACAACAAAGACAAAUCAUUCAGAUCUAAAGGCCAGAAAAACCAGUCGGGUUUCAAGAAUAAAGGCGCAGGAAGAAAUCCAGGCUUCUCUCAGAAGAAAAGAAAAAGCUGAACUGUUCUCUGGUUCUGUGCUUUGGGUGCAGUGCCGGGUUCAACCAGCAGGAGGCAGCAAAGAUUAACCAGGUGAAGCCCGAGCUGGAGCAUGAGACAAAUAAGACUGUAAAAUAAAAAAUACUGAUUUGAAUUGUCAGUAUUUACAUUCGUUUGGACUUCAGAACUUAAGUGAACAUUUUUAUAAAUAAGUUCUAAAAGUUUUUUUUUCUCUGUGCCAUUUAAAUUCAAAUGAUGUUCUUUACCGUCUGAAUUUAAAAAGCGUACUUGAGAGAAAUAAAUGAUUGUGGCAAAUUUUUAUUGAAUAAAUGUUUUUCCCCUCAAUGCAAAAAAAUCAGAAUCAAGAGUUUGAAACAAGUAAAAGUAACUGUUAGGUCUGUUGAGAACAAAGUGUUUGUGUGUGGGGGUUGUUUUCUGAUUGUUGCACAAAUGAGCAUCUCUAAAAAGAUUUGAAG